GAGUUAAUGAACUAAGUUGAUAAAAUUGAGUUUAUGUGAAAUAAUAAAGAGGUAAUGUGCAUAACUGAGAGCAUCUGAACCCGAAAGAGCUUUGGUUCUUACAAACAGUAACACAAAGAUCUAAAUAAUUUUAUAAAAAGGAUCAACUUUCCUGGACCAGAACAAAAAUUAGCCAAAUAUUUAUUUAUUUUCCAGUGGAUUUCAGAUCUUAUCCAAAUGUUUGCAUCUUAAAGGAACCGGGACGGAACAAACUGGGCUUCCUCAGUCACAAUCAUCGUUUAUUUAUUCUGCUUUUCCUUUCAAUGAACUGUUGUUUCUUGAAUUGCAUUCAUUCUUAACAUAAACAUUACUUAGAGGUGGACAGAGAAUCCGAACAUUUAACUCAAGUAAAAGAACCGCAACUUCAAAAUAUUUUUACUUUAAAUACUUUGGGAGUAUCUGUUAUGCAAGUAAUGUCUUAAUGAUGAAAACUGUUGAACCCACAUUUAGUAAAUCAGCCUUAAAUCUAUCAGAGAAUCAAAAUGGGGGCAUUUCUAGUUUUCUUACAAGUUCACUUUGAAAAAAAUAAAUAAAUGACAAAAUAAAGUUCUAAAAGUUUGUCUGUAAGAUUAGGAAGUACGGUAAGCUGUUGUGUUUACUUCCUAUUAUCUGUUUUGACUUAUGUCAAAUCAUUGUAAAUAAUAAUAAUAAUAAUAAAGUUCUGUUUGGAGGAAAGAUUUUUGUCUCAAGAAUCAAUGAGCUAUUCAAGCAAAAGCGUUUUUCCUAUUACUACUUUGCAUAUUUAGGACAGCAGCACAGUCACUGCUGAUGACAUAUUGAGGAUCUGAGGAUUUGCAAGCCAAAAUACUUGAUGCUGGUAACUAUGCAAAGUUUGUUAGCAGUUUCAUUUGGCAAAAAGGCUCAAGUGAUUCUGGUCGCUUGACUCUGAUCAGCAAGGAGUGAAAACCAAAACCUUUGACGGUGACAACUGACUAAUUUACAGGGCAUUUUUUAAUCAUUGUUAUACAGGUCAGUCUGUGCUGCUUAAAUUAACUGUAGCUGAGAACGGAUCAUUUAACCAGACUGAAACUCAAAGCCGGGAAAACAAAAUGCCUCGGCAAAGAUGGAUAAUUCAGGUUCUCCUCGUCGGCUUUUUGGGCAUUUUUCCUGUUUCAGUGACUGUGCUUCCUGGCUCUCAGCAAUUAGAUAAACUCAAAGACUGCUUAAGCCAAGGAAACACAAAUUAUGUUGUUGCUGACAACUUCUACGGCAUCAUCAAUGCGGCUGAUCACUUCACAGCUAAACUGUCAGGCAAGAAUGGACUGAUUCCGGACGAGUUACCGAACGUUGUUGAACAGAUCUUGAAGCAACUCAACAACACAUUAACCAGCAAUAAUGGACGAAUUCCGGACGAGUUACUGAACGUUGUUGAACAGAUCUUGACGAAACUCAACAACAUAUUAACCAGCAAUAAUGGACCAAAUACGAACGUGUUAUCGAACCUUCAACAGAUCUUGACGAAACUCAACAACAUAUUAACCAGCAAUAAUGGACGAAUUCCGGACGAGUUACUGAACGUUGUUGAACAGAUCUUGACGAAACUCAACAACAUAUUAACCAGCAAUAAUGGACCAAUUCCGGACGUGUUACCGAACCUUAAAGAGAUCUUGACGAAACUCAACAACAUAUUAACCAGCAUUAACAUACUGCUACUAGUUCGGGGACAAUUAUCUGACGGUGUUAAAAACAUAUUGGAAAACGAUGAGCAACUCUUUGGUCUUUUCAAGCUAUAUCUGAACAGAAGCACUGGGAACUCUGAUUUGAAAAGUCUCGUUAAGACUGAUAUUUUGAAUUGGAUCAUAAACACAUCUGUUUCUGAAACUGGAAGGAAGAGCUGUGUGAUAUUCCUACAGAAAGAUCAAACAAGACACAAAAAAUUGUGGAAAACGUGGCCACAAGUGAAAAUGCCAUACUUUACACUGUACAUUACAAAAAAUCUUGCAAAGGUCCCAGUGGUAAUUCGUGCUAUGGAAGGAAAGAAAUGCUUAAAUUCAACUGACUGCAUGUAUGGAAAUCUGACUACAAACACUGUGUGUAAAUCAGGGACUGCGUAUAAUGAGGACUCCUGCCAAAACAGCGACUACGCAGACAAGUACAUAAUAAACAUACAUGACAAUAUCCCCGAGUGUGUCAACUGCGACAAUCCCAUAAAGGAGCCUGAUGAGAUUAUUAAAAUUAACAACACUAUUUUUGAAAGUCAUGAUGGAGAAAUUGACGCAUCCAAAGCUGUAGAGUUUAUGGGUGACAUGGCAAACUUAAUCUCCAAAAUGAAUGGGACUUCAGCUGAGCUGUCGGUGGCGAAAGGAGUCGAGGGAGUCAUAGUGAGAAAAACCGAUCCUGCAGAACUGGAUGAGGUGUCCUUCGCUUACAAGACUCCAACUGAAAAACUGAAAAUUAUAGAAGACUCGAAAAGUCUUGAAACAUUUUCGAGAUCCGUCUCCGUGUCUAAAGAAGCGUUUGAAAAGGCCAUUGGUCCAAACGCCUCUCUACCAUUCGCAGCUGUUCUCCGGUUUUUGAACUUGACUCGGGAUGAGAUGAACAGUACUGUUCUUUAUGAUGAGGUUGUUGCGAUUGAGAUGGGAACUGCGAUCAAGAAUCUCACCAACACAAUAAACAUCAAUUUCAAGAAUGCAGAAUUUGGAAAGUUUUAUCCAAACUGCAGCUCGUGGAACGGUGAAGGAGGAAAACCCAACUGGACUUCUGAAGGAUGUGAAACUAUAGUCGAAGGAAACAACAUCAGAUGUCAAUGUUCGCAUUUGACGUUUUUUGCUGUCUUACUGACUCCCAUAAACGAAACCAUCUCCAGCUCUGACCUGAACAUCCUCACCAUCAUCACGCAGGUUGGCUGCGGCUUGUCCAUUUUCUUCCUCGGCAUAAUCCUCUUCAUGUACUGCCUGAUAAGGAAGACGAAGGCCAGUCCUUCCACACAGAUCCUCAUCCACCUGGUUUGCGCCUUGUUCCUGCUAAAUUUGACCUUCGUCGUCAAUCACUUUGUGGCAAACCUGAACAGCGAUGUGGGUUGUGAGAUAAUGGCAGCGGUGAUGCAUUACUCCAUGUUGACCACUUUCAGCUGGUUUGCUGCACAAGGCUUCCACCUCUGUCUGCAGCUGUACAGAGGAGGAAAUAUCGCAAUAAAGCGCUACCUACUCAAAGUUUCUGUCAUCACCUGGAUUCUACCGAGCAUAGCGGUGAUUAUUAUCGCCAGCCUGAAAAAAUAUGGGAAACAGAUCAUCUACACUGAUAAUCCUGAGAACAACGUGGCGAUGUGCUGGAUUAACGACAAUAACAUCCAUUACAUCGUCAACGUUGGCUACUAUGCGAUGGUCUUCCUCUUCACCUUCACCACAGUCAUCAUCACAUUGUCCUGGCUCUUUUGUCUCAAGAGAAGCAAAGCAGCGAACCAACAGGAAACAGGAACCGGCAGGAAAAUAGUGAUCAUUCUGGGUCUGUGUUGCCAGCUGGGUGUCACGUGGGGCUUCGCCUUCUUCGCCUACGGCUCCUUCCGGAUGAUAGCCACCUACAUUUUCACAAUCCUCAACUCAUUUCAAGGGUUCUUCCUCUUCAUCUACUACUACAAGACAACCCGAGUCGGACCAGGCGGCGCCAAUGCGAAGGGAAACUCGGGAAGCACCAACACCAGCGUCAGUACUCUUAAAACCGGACUGGAGUGUGUUGUGAACCCAUAUGUGAGUUUUGACAAACAAAAAGACACGUGAUCUGUGGUGGGACAGAGAAAUGUAAACUGGAACCAGUAGAAAACGUGUACUAUACUGUACUAUACGUGUACUAUACGUGUACCAUGUAAAAUACUGUAAUUGUGUCUCCUGAUACUGAUUUUAUACACUAGGGUUAAAAACGUUUUGAUGAGAUAGACAUUUCUAAAGAUUUCAGGUUAAUCUUAAUCGUCCUCUUCAUGAGACUGUCUUGGGAAAACAGAGUAUCUUCAGUCAGAGGCUUUCUCAGAUUCUCUGUAAUACAGACCGCUACAGGAGAUCUUUCCUAAAGACAGACAUCACCACCUAAAACAACAAUUUGAAAAAUCUGAAUUAAUGAGCUACAACAAUAUUUCAUUUCCCUUUGGGAUCAAGAGAGUAUUUUUGAAUUUAACUGAAUAAAACCAGGAACCUGCUCUGUAUUAAAGCCCAACAACAUGUAGAAAGUUUUUGUUUAAUUUAUGCUUUUAUAGUAAAAAUCCCUCUGCUCCUUUUGAAACCUUUACUUUUCUGAUGUCCUCCAUUGUUGUCUGGAUUUUCUGAAAAGGCAAUGAAACAUCAGACACCUUAAUGGGGAAAGUUGCAGCUAAGAUUCAUGGUAUUUUUUUAAAUAAAAUGUUGUUUUUAUCCUAAACAAUGUAAUGUAGAUUAUUGUUAAGCGAUGUAUUAGUAUAAAUGUAUGUUUCAAUCUUUCUGUGUCUCUUUGUGCAUAUUCAAGUGAAGUGAAAAUAAUAAUAAAAGAAAA